GCUGAACAGCUCCCCUGCACACACUCUGAGGCAUAAGCACGGAUGCUAACGACGUACGCGCACUCACGGGUGCGCGUAUGGUGUCACAGUGCCGCUGGACAAGAGCCAUAGCAAACGAGGAUCCGGGCUGGGAGGAGAAAGAGGAGGAAAGAAAGGAAGGAGGACGGAAGGAGGAAAGGAGCAAAUAGGAGCAGCAGCAGUCUGAGGAAAGACAAGCACAGUGUGAAAGGAAAGAGACAGGAGAGAGGAGGAGGAGGAGGAAAAAAAAACAAUAUUACGCACAACACAAGUGCUUCGUGUUGCAGAAUGGGAAAUGCACCAUCCCAAGGCAUGUCAACUCUAUCUCCAUGCAUACUUUAGUAGCAGAUCCCGAGCGCAGCGGCGGUCACAUGAUCUCGAUGGAUGACGCCGAGUACCCACGGGAGUACCGCACACUGGGCAGUGGUCCGCGACGCUUCUCCAAUGUGGGCCUGGUGCACACUUCAGAGCGCCGGCACACAGUUGUCGCUGCCCAGAGCCUGGAGGCGCUCAGUGGCCUACCCAAGGUGGAUGCUGAGCGCCGGCGGGACGCCCUCAUGGACCACAUCAAGAGCAAGUACCCAGCCCAGCAUGCUGCUUCCCCGUCUCCAUCCCACGGCGCUCCAAGGGGAAGCACAGAGCGCCCUCGCGAGCAGCAGCAGCAGCAGCCAAACUACUGGAGCUUUAAGAGCCGGAGCCCUCGCCACUCCCAGUCCACUCAGGUUGGUCUGGCGGACCAGGCCACCAAGUUAUCGUUUGCGUCAGCCGAAUCCCUCGAGACCAUGUCGGAGGCUGACAUCCCUCUGGGCUUCAACCGCAUGAACCGCUUCCGGCAGAGCCUACCGCUGUCGCGCUCUGCCAGCCAGACCAAGCUGCGCACACCAGGUGUGCUCUUCUUGCAGUAUGGGGACGAGACACGGCGUGUCCACAUUACACAUGAGCUGAGCAGUCUGGAUACCCUGCACGCACUCAUCGCCCACAUGUUCCCCCAGAAGCUCACAGUGGGUAUGCUGAAGUCCCCUGGCACGGCCAUCCUCAUCAAAGACGAGGCACGCAAUGUCUUCUAUGAGCUGGAGGAUGUACGUGACAUCCAAGACCGGAGCGUCAUCAAGAUCUACCGCAAGGAGCCCAUUUAUGCUUCGUACCCAGCAGCCCACCUGGCCAAUGGGGAUCUGAGGGUGAGCAAGAGAGAGAUGGUGUACACGUCUCGGGAAUCCUCCCCAACCCGCCGGCUCAACCACCUGCCCUCCUCGUCCUCGCCACCUUCAGGCUCACCCUCUCGCUCCCGCCUCUCGUACAGCGGGGGCCGGCCCCCCUCCUUCACCGGGCCCGCCCACAGCCAGCCGCACCCGCACCCCCACCACCCGCUGGCAGCCCACCCCCACCACCCUCCUGCGGCGCAUCCCCAGGCAGGCCUCUCACCAUCCCCAAGCGCCAUCCUGGAGCGGCGUGACGUAAAACCGGAUGAGGAGGUGUCGGGCAAGAGCAUGGUUCUGCUGAAGAACGAGGGACUGUACGCAGACCCUUACGGCCUGGUGCACGAAGGACGCCUCAGCAUUGCUUCCACACAGUCACUGGCUGCCCUCGGGGAGCCCUUUGCUUUCCCAGUGCCGGGGGGACUUUACAGGCGGGGUUCUGUGCGCUCACUCAGCACGUACUCCGCUGCUGCCCUACAGGGGGAGUUGGAGGAAGCCCUCUAUAAGCCCGGAGGUCCAUUGUAUCAUGACUCUUAUGCUACAUCUGCCACGCUGGGCAUGGGCUUCCGGAUGCCCCCUUCAUCCCCACAGAAGAUCCCCGAUGCCCAGGUGCGGGACCGGGACUCCUACUCGGGGUCGCCUAGCCGAGGCUCCCCUGUGCGCCAGGGCCUGCGCAAGGACUCUGCCUCCUCCUCUGUCUUUGUGGAGAGCCCAAAGUCCCGCUCGGGCUCUGGCUCGGACGCACUCUGUGGAGCGCUCGUCCCAGCUGGGGAGGUAGCCCGCGGAACGUCAGGGUUCAGCUCCUCUCUACCGGGCAAUGAGGCAGAGACACGGGAGCGGAUGGAAGCAAUGGAGAAGCAGAUUGCCAGCCUCACUGGCCUGGUGCAGAGUGUGCUGACCAGGGGACCAGAUAGCGACAGCACUGAGAAGACUGAAUCCACGAGUGACUGUUCAGGCACUGGAACUGGACGCCUUAAAAAAAGGAAAGCCCUGACACCCUCUGCACCCUUAGCCUUGAUGCCACCUCCUCCGACCAUAGCCGCUCAGGCCACUACGGUCACACGUCUACAGAUGCAGCUGCAUCUGCAUGACUUGCAGCUGAAUGCCACCGAACUGCGUGACCAGCUGUCCCAGCUGCGCAAAAUGCAGCUCCAGAACCAGGACUCGGUGCGGUCCCUGCUGAAGCGGACGGAAACGGAGAUCAGCGCCCGGAUGACAGAUGCCCUCCGCAAGCAGGAGGAUCCCCUGCAGAGACAACGCCUCCUAGUGGAAGAGGAGAGACUGAAGUAUCUCAAUGAAGAGGAGCUCAUCAUCCAGCAGCUGCAUGACCUGGAGAAGUCUGUGGAAGAGAUCCAAAAGGACUCAUCAGUGAAUCACAAACUGGUGACAAUGCAGGAGCUGGAAGAGAAAGCUGGGGUGUUGAGGAAGCUGGGAGAGACCCUCACUGAACUCAAGAACCAGUUCCCGAGCCUGCAGAGUAAGAUGCGUGUGGUGCUGAGAGUCGAGGUGGAGGCCGUUAAAUUUCUCAAAGAGGAGCCGCAAAGGCUGGACGCCCUGCUGAAACGCUGCAAGAAUGUCACCGACACGCUGACCAUGCUGCGCAGGCAGGCGAAUGAAGGAAUAUGGAAGACACCGGAGGAUUUUGCCAGCCCGUCUCCCAAGCACGCCAGUGACUUCAGGAAGACAGCCGAUUUUGACGUCCCCACGAGCCCCCCGCUUAACCUCAAUGGUCUAGGGAGCAACAGUCUUUCAAACUGGGUGCCACACUCUGGCUCUGUCGCCACCCACAAUAACCCCAUUGGCUCUCAUCAUGACCCUCAUACAUCUGCAUCCCUCAAGAAUCGGGCCCUGGAGGAACUGUCGGGCCGCCGGGGGGCAGACAAAUCGGUCUCCGUGGAGGUCAGACUGGCUGCGGAGCGUGACUGGGAGGAGAAGAGAGCCAGCCUGACCCAGUACAGUGCCCAGGACAUCAACCGCCUGUUGGAAGAGACCCAGGCCGAGCUCAUGAAAGCUAUCCCUGACUUAGACUUUGCGGCGAAGCAGAUCAACAAACCCUCAGCACCACCCGCUUCCCAGAGUGUCUCCGCAACACCAGAGCACCGGCCCAGUAAACCCCAGCAUGCUCCUCAGAAGCUCUCCAGCAAGGAGGCCAGCCCAUGUCGUGGAUCUGACGAACUGACGGUACCACGGUAUCGCACAGAGAAGCCCUCAAAGUCGCCUCCGCCUCCGCCGCCUCGCCGAAGCUUCCCGUCAUCCCAUGGACUCACCACAAACCGCACUGGAGAGGUCAUUGUCACCAGUAAAACUCUUAAGAAGGCCGAGUCAGACGAGGCAGAGGUGCAGAAACCCCUUGUCAAACUGAGGCGGGUUGCCUCAGAGGCACCGAGGCCUGCGUCCACCCCCCCUAUAAUUGCUGCUUCGGGAGUGAAGGAUGAAAAUGAUGAAGAAAAGAUAAUUGCUGAGCUGGAGGUUUUUCAGAGAACCCCAAUCAAAGUCAAAGUAUCCCCUCCCCACUCCCUGCCCAACACCUUGCGCAGGACCCGUGUCCCUCCUUCCAGCCUGGACCUGAGUUCCUCAGUUGAUCUGAGAAGGAAGACCGGCAUCAUUUCCUCCAGCAGCAGCAAGGCACCCCACUGCUCAGCCACUUCGCGCCUCAAGCACCUGCAGCAAAGCAGUCCAGAGAAGAACAAGCCAGCUAAGCAGCGUGAUGAUUUUCUCAAGGUCCAGGGCCAGCCGCAGCAAUGAACACUCCACUUACCUGGCCUUUUGCUCCUUUCUGCCCUCCUGAGCCCAGCAUUCUCUAAGUCUCCACCAAUCCUUCUGCUGCUCCCGAGGCCCAUCCCACCUGAGCCUCAUGUGCCGCCCUCAGCAGCCUGCCUACCCUGGUGCAUACUAUCUACAAGCGCCUACCUUUUUCCAGUGUAUGGGACUGAGGCCAACAGCUGGACCACAUCUGGCUCCAGCAGCCUUCCCAACUCAAAGGUUGCAGUUUCUUUUUUGUUUCUCUUCUCUUCUCUGAAUCCUACCCCAUACUCCUCCCUCUUCUUCCUCCUGCUCCUCCUCCUCUCCUGCACCUGGGGACUGUGCCUGUAGGCUUUGGGAAACAGCAGUAGCAGCAGCAGCAGCAGUAGCCUCUCGGAGACGCUCUUCAGCUCUGGUGCCCGGACCCAAAGCUUCUCGGGUCAUUCGGCCCUGGCGUCCAGCUCCGGCUACUUCACCUCGACGCUAAUGAAGCCCCCCCAGGACAGGGCUCUAUCCUCAUCCCUGCCGGCCUCCAUCCGUCCAGCCAAACCCCUCUGCCGCAGGCUGUCCAUGUCCAGCCUGAGCUCUGAAUCCAUCUUCUCCUCUGCUCCUCUCCACCAGCUGAUCAAGAAGCGGCGUCCAAAGGUCUCUACUUUUUAGACUCUGUCCACUCUUUGGUCCUCCAGAUUCCACUAUGGCUGCUUCCACCACCGCAACCACACUUUCUUCCUCAUUAUCUACCCCGUCUCUGCUGGCCUCAGUCUCUACCUCCACCUAUGGCAUCAUAUGCCCAUGACCUUGAGAAUUCUACACCGUGCAACAGCAAACCUCUCCCCAACUCUAACACCACCUAGUUCCCAUAAAAAAAAAGGCUGUGGAGAAGGAAUCCACUAGUCCUGUCCAAGCACUAUGACACGCAACAAAUUUUAGUCACAAGAUACCAAUCUUUCUGCCUCCCUCCUUAUCCCCACUCUGUAAUUGCAAGGGUAGGUGCAGGAUUGGAGAGCACUCCAGAUGGUUUUUUCUUUUUUUUUGCAGUGAAGUUUUGCACCGUGGCUAAUUCCUGGAUUUGCCACAAUGAUCCUAUUGUUGAAAUACAGACUGUUCACAUACAAAAUACUAUGGACUUGUCUAACAUGUGACCUUUGACAACAAAUAAUUCAAAUGAGCAGCCCCAUCACUUCUGAAGGUUGGUCUGAGCAUUAGUGGAAAGGAAAAAAGUAUGAAUGAUACAAAGGAGCUGAAGCCCAAAGGUUUAAAGAAACCUCACUGGUUGUACACCGCCAAGGCCUCGUUUUUCUGAUCUAUUGAUGUGUUCCAGCUUAGUAUGUUAGAUGUGUAGUGCAAUAUGCUUCCACACAGCAAAUAUUGCACAUGCUUGUUCAAUAAGCAAUGCUUGGAUCAUGUGUUGAGCACAGCAGCUCCACCUUUUCCGCAAAAGUUAUGGAGAUUUUACAAAACUUGGAGGGAACAUUGAUCUUCAGCACUGCAAAAUUACUGUCAGUAAGGACUACCACUUUGGUCAUUCUCACCAUUUCCUGACUGUGAAAUACAUGUGGAAGGUAAAGAUAUUGCAGAUAAAGUUACAUUAACAAGAAAAUAUAGUGAGUUUGUCUUAGCUCACAUAAGAGUACUGCUCUUUCCAGGAAAAACUGAACAAAUAUGAAAAACACAGUGUGGAUUUAACCUUUAAUAAAACACUAUAUAUAAUCUAAUGCUGUUAUACAUUUGUUUAGGAUAUUAUUGACUAAAUUUCAUCUUAGUCCUGAUAAUGACCUCGUCCUGCCUCUUUCUAUAAAAUGGCUAUUCUGUGUACAUUCGCCUGGGCUUUGGAAGGUAUAAAAAAUGUUGGUAACUUGUUCUCAAUGACUGGGCUUUAUGAACAGUUAGCAGUCACUGUCAUAUAGCAGCUCUGCAAAUUGCUACUGAAAGCCAGCCAAUAUGUUCCUCUUGAACUUCUACUGUAAAUGUAAAUGGAGUAGAGGGGCAAAAGUGCUCUGUGCGGUCAAGAGUUUGUGGACGCUUUGGAGAAGAUGAAAUGGUGACCCAAGCCUAUAAAAGGAAGACUUAAUGUUUAUUAUUGUAUUAUAAAAUUAUUCUUUCAAAUUAUUUCUGUCAUGCUUUGAGAUAUUAAUAUUAUUAUGGGCAAAUGAGGGAAACUGGGGCAGAAAGACAAUCAUUAUUUUGUUAAGCUAGAUGGAGAGUGGGGCAGAAGAGGUGAUGGUCUGAAAGAUGUCAGGCAGGCCAUGUAUCGUCAAAGCUGCUGUGAGCUCUGCCAUGGAAAAAAGGAAGAUUUUCAUGUUUUCCUGAAAAUCCAUUCACGAGCAGUCAUCUUGAAAGAGUACAGCAAUUUGCUGUAAAAUAUUGCUCAUACACUAGGCCAACCGUUUAUGGCGGUAGCCAGAGAUCUGAAGGCACUUUCAUACAUCAUCCUCAUAUGGCAGUGUUGGGAGAGUCCCGAGAGCUGCUCUAAAGGGUCAUUUUCUUGAGAGGUAGCCAAAGCUCAUUUCUCUGGCUCUGGAAAUAUUAUCAUUUUAGAAGAGCACAAAUGUUAUUAAAAAUUUAUGUUAAGAAUUAAUGUUAUUAAUGUUUCCUGGUUUGGUAUUCGCAGCGGUAAAAUCCCAUGCAGUCAUUUUUCCAUCUUACUAUAAUGACGGAGAGUACUGUUUGAUGUCAAAGCGAAGGAAUUAAAGGGGACCGGUUGUUCUCCCUUGACACACAGUCAGGGUAAACAUCAGGGAAUGAGACUUCUGCGCUGAAGGCCUGGAAAGGAAAGCUGGAUGAAGGGUUGGAGGUGUGCACAAAGUAGGUAUCCUUGUCCUCAACCUGUCUACCAACACAUUUCUUAUAUAUUAAGAUGUUAAUGACAGUAUAGAUUAUUCUAAAUAUUUUGUUAUAGAGCAGUAAAGGAUAAUUAGCAAUACGUGGUGAUGAAUUUGAAGAUUUAUGGGGAAAUAUUGUGUUACGCUUGUUUUUGUCAUCCAAAGUUGUUCGCAUUUGAUGCAGAAAAUUGUAUCACUUCUUCACUUUUGCUUUUAUAUCAGUCUUUAGAGUUUUAUCCAUCACAGCAAAUAAUUAACUGGAUUAGUUCAAGGCUUUCGACAUUUUUGUAGUGUCAUACUACUAAUAUUAUAGUUAUGGCCAGGUGCGAUGAUGUCAUUGUUAUUCAGUACAAUCAUGAAAUAUGAAUGAGUUUUCUAGUUUAGCUUACUGUCAGUUGUUUAAUGUAUGAUUUUAACAGAUGCAACACUAUAGAUUACACACCCACGUGCUUCAAAAACUGGGUAACUGUCAUUGGGAGGAUGUCUCCCUCCAUCCACACAACACCGUUUCAGAGCACCGAAUCCACUGCGAUGACAUGGGAAGAUAUUACGGCUCUGACGUGCCGGCCGCUUAGCUGCGUCUGAAAGGAGGUCGGUAAGGAUUGGCAAAACUCAGUGUGGCUCUUGUGAUGCUUUAAUAGUGAUCCAAAGCGGGAGACUUGAAAUGGCCCAUAGAUAUUGUGUGAAACGCCUCUUUCUAGCUGGUACUGCCAAAGGACUCUUCUGUUUUUCUUUUUUUUUAUUGGUCAUUGAUAGGUGGCCUCUUAGCGGAGGGUGAGUAAGGGGUGAACUGCCGGAAUGGGUCGGUUUGGAGAAUGCGUAGAGUUGAGCGUACAGCCCAAAUGAUGCAAGUGUCAGCAGAGAUCUAACUCAGAAAGCCCAAGAGUGCUGAAGAGAAACAGAUGCAUAAUUCAGUUGUCUAAGGAACAAGAUAAAAAUACAUCACAGGCCCUGGGUUUUCAUCUGUGCCACGCCGCUGCGGUUGAAUUGCAAUAAGUAGUCCCUCUCCGAUUGCCUGCGUGCAAGGGGGGCGCCAUCCGACUGUUACCCACACGGAGUCGGCACGACCCGAUUCACAGCAAAUAAUGAUCAAUGGGACAACCUUGGCACUGUAGCUAAAUCAAGUUCAGCCUUCGGUCGUCAAAACGUAACUGAGAAACGUUGCUGUCGCACUAGCGGACUCGAAGCGAAACCAUCAGAGAUCGAAGGGACAAGUGCAUCGAUACGGCACAAAUGCGCACCCGACAAAUACUUUCUGCUUUUUCUGGUUGGUUUUCCGAGCAAAGAAAACGGAGCGCAUGGACUAAGGAGAAAGGUGAAUACCGUGGUUGUGGAGCACUGGUUUUGGAGACCGGGAGCCAGGAGUCCAGGAAUUGGCCCUGUUUGUGCUCUCCUUAACAGUCAAGCACAGAAGUGGUUUGGUACAAAGAAGCG